AUGUGCUUCGUGUUUGGUGUGAAAUGGCAAAAGCGAAUUUGCCAACAACAGCAGCACAAAGCAGUAUCACCACCAACAGCAGUGUCGCAGUACACAGACCACCAUCAGCCGAGCCGGGAACACGCCGAACCAUGGACAGCAAAGCACGGCGGCGCCUGCCAUCUGCGCCUGCGACACCAGGAAGCGCCGCGGCCCGGUGAACCCUCAGCCUCCCCGCGUACCCACACCCGCAUGUCCACGGGUGGCACGCCAGUCGUCACCCCGCAGGCAACCCCACUCCGCAACCACCGCACCCCGGCAGCACGCCGCACCCCGCGCCAACCAGGCAUCCCCGAAAUGCAGCCGCUGAGCCCGGAGUCACCGGUCGGCCGCGGCGCUGGUGCGCGAUCACGCAUCAUUCCCAUGGGGAGCACAUCGUCAUCCGCAGCGGCGAUGGAGGAGGGGGAUGACGACAAGGAGUCGCAGAACGUCGUCGUGUCCAUUCGCGUGCGCCCCUUCAACGACAGGGAGGUGGCUCUCGGCUCUGAGUUGGCGGUCGUUGUCUCUGGCAACAGCGCCACCAUCAACAACCCGGAAAAGGGCAAGACGCACACGUUCCACUACGACUACUGCUUCUGGUCACACGACCCACAACACCGCGAGUUUUCGGACCAGUCGCACGUGUACACGCGCAUCGGCGUGCCUUUGCUCAACCGAUGCAUGGAGGGGUACAACUGCUGCCUCUUCGCAUACGGCCAGACGGGCUCCGGGAAAUCAUACAGCAUGAUGGGCAUCCCCGGGGCGGCGGUGUCGCGCUCGUCCGGCAGCAGCGGCGUCAUCCCGCGAUUCACAUUCGAGCUCUUCGACCGCAUCGCAGCACUCAACAAACAGGGCAAGUCGUUCAAGGUUGAGAUUUCGUACUAUGAGAUCUACAGCGAGCGCGUGUACGACCUCCUCGCCCCACCAACAAAAGGACGCAUGCAGGCGCUGAAGGUUCGGGAGCACCCAAUUAUGGGCCCAUAUGUGGACAAUCUCAAGACAUACGCCGUCAUCUCAUACCACGACAUCGAAGGGUGGCUGAACGUCGGCGCAAAGCACCGCGCCACCGCAUCCACGAACAUGAACGCGACCAGCAGCCGCUCCCACGCCGUCUUCUCCAUGGUCGUCACACAGGUCGAGACGGACGACGAAGGAGAGGAGCACUCGAAGGUGAGCAAAGUCAAUCUGGUCGACCUGGCCGGCAGUGAGCGCAGCGACGCAGCAGGAACAACGGGCGUCCGCCUAAGGGAGGGCUCUGCGAUCAACAAGUCGCUGCACACGCUCGGAAAAGUCAUCUCCCUCCUCGCAGACAAGAGCACAUCCAAACAACGCAAGAAGGUGUUCAUCCCGUAUCGAGACUCUGUGCUGACGUGGAUAUUGAAGGAAUCACUGGGCGGCAACUCCAAGACCGCCAUGCUUGCCACCGUCUCUCCAGCCAUGGACAACUACGACGAGAGCCUCAGCACGCUCAGAUAUGCACACCAGGCGCUGAAGAUUGUGAAUGUGGCGCACGUGAACGAGGAUCCAAAUAUGCGGCUGAUUCGCGAGCUGCGCUCCGAGAUUGAUGCUCUUCGCGCGCAAUUCGGCACUCCAUCGACGAGCUCGCAGGAGGUGGCUGCACUUCGGGACAAGUUGUCGCAGACGCAGGCGCUGAUGAACGCCAUGAACAGGAGCUGGGAGGAGAAACUGCGCAUUGCUGAGAAGACGCGCCAGCAAUACGAAAAGCAGCACGAGACACAGGGCGGCGACGAGAACCUGCAGCACAUCGGGAACCAGCAGCCGACGCUGGUGAACCUCAACGAAGACCCGCAGCUGUCCGAAAUGCUCGUGUACGGCCUCAAGCGAGGCGAGGUGAUUGUGGGCAAUUCGGAGGAUGCGGACGUGAAGCUUGGCGGUGCGCUGGUGCUGCCGCGCCACUGCACCAUCACCUGUCACCCGAGCGACGAGUCGUACAUCGUGCAGCUCACGCCCGCACAGGACGCCCUCGUCUUUGUCAACGGCCAUGAAGUCGAGCCACUGACGACGACGGAUGUGCACCACGCAGACCGCAUCAUCUUCGGCAACCACCACUUCUUCCGCCUCAACGUCCCAAGCAAAUCCGCGACGGGGAAACUGCAGCUGGCCAAGGACAAGGCGGCGCAAGAGAAGAACUACCAGUUUGCCAAACAGGAAUUUGAGGCCGUGCAAGCGAAGCGGCUGCAGGAACAGCUUGAGCGCGAACGAAAGAGGGUCCAGUCUGAGCUUGAGGCUGAGCACGAGCAGCAGCGCUCGGAGUACCAGCGGGCGCUGGAGGGCCAGCUUGAAGAACAGCGCAGACGAUACGAGGACAAGCUCAAGGAGCUGCAAUCUGCGAUCAAAAAGACGGACAGCGAGAAGGAGUCACUGCUGAAGAGAGCAGAGGAGGAGGCCCUUCAGCUGCAGCGCGAAGAACGAGAACUCGCACAAACGCGUCUGCAGGCGCAGAAGAAGCAGCUUGAGGAAGAGAAGCGAGCGCUUGAGCAGCGGCUGCAAGAGGAGAGCAAUCGUGAGCGGCUGCGGUUGGAGGAGAAGAACAAAAUCAUCGAAGACCUCAUGCGCGAGAAGAACACAAUCCAGUCCGCAAUGGAGGAACUCAAGAUGAACAACGAACGAUACAACGAAGCACGCCUGAACCUCAAGUCCAUCGUCUCGCAAAGCGACGCCAGCGAUGUGUUCAACGACAACGUGGACCCGCGCACGAUUCUGGCGACAAUUCAGAGCUUUACAGAAGCAAACAAGAUCGCCAAGGACCUCGACCAGAACACGAUGUUUACGCUGUCGAAUGCGCGCGGCACGCCGAUGGUGAAGGUGGUGAACACGAGCAUGAAGGUUGCCACGCUGUGGAGCGUCGACAAGUACGAGGACAGACUUCGCCAGAUGCGCGACCUCUACAGCGAAUGGGAGUCGACCAAGCGAACACCCGAUGGUGCGCGCCAGCUGUACUUUGACUCCAACGACGAGUGGCAGGCCGACGAGCAGGUUGAGGUCUCGCCAACGCUCUCCGAUCACGCACAGACUGCAGACUUCUUCGCCUCUGCCCGCGGAUCCGCCAGCCGCCGCUCCGGCUCUCUCUCGGACGACAGCCAGCCCGAAAGCGUCUUCUCCCCUCGCACGCCAUCAACUCGCACGAACGGCGUCCGGCUGCGGUCCAAGACGGCGGGACAGCAGCUUGCAGCCGCGCACAGCGCAGAGCCGUCUGCCACUGCCAUUUGCUGCCGUUAUGUCAGGAACAUCACGGCUGCACUUCGAUCAGCGGAUGUCCGCUUCACACUGACGAACGAGCUGGUGUCAUGCCUGUCGUCGCUCAAGGUGGCUGCAGGCGUGCUUCGUGACGGCUAUGACAAGCAUGCGCAGCAACAGGCGAGCGGGGAGGCGCUGCUCUCGCUCAAGGACACGGGACUGGCCAGGAACGCAACCGUGUCAGCCACCACCGCCAUGCACGGCAUCGGCUCUGUCGUCCGGAACCUCAGGGCGCAAGCGGAGACGGGGCCUGUGCUUGAGCUGGCGCAGCAGCUGGGGGCAAAGGCAGAGUCGUGCGCACACAACAUUGUCAAGCUGUUCCAGGGCGUCGAGAACGAGAUCCCACUCAUGGUGACGGCUGGGUACAACGACGCUGUUGGCGACAUCACAGCGCUCUCGACACUUGCCGGCGAACUUGCAAUCGUCCUUGAUCCAAAAGGCGGGCGCGACGGCGCUGCUGCCGAUGAUGACGAUGACGAUGACGAGUAUGAGUACGAAGAGGACGACGACGAAGCAAGGGCGCUGAUGCCAUCACGGCUGGUUGAUCUUCCCGCUGGUGGGCGGAACCGGAGCUCGUCGUAUCUGGACGAAGCGCUGGCGACGGCGUCCGGUGGCGUUGCUGUUGAUCAGGACAUUCUCGCCGCCUUCCACACGGGGACGCGCCUCUUUGUUGAGAAGAGCUUUGCCGCCUGCAAACAGGACAUGAAGACGCUGCUGAGCAAGUUGCGCGCGCUGCAAUCGGACCUCCAGCCCACCUCGGACCUGACACCAGAGAUUGUCGACCUCGUGCGCGACGUCGUGCAGAAGGCCCUCCUCCUCCUCGCAGACACAGAGAAGCUCCAGGCCGAGCUGACGGCGGAGACGGGCGACGACGAAGGGGCAACGCGCACGUUCUACAACAAGAGCUUUGCGCGUGCGCGUGGGCUGGUGCGGCAAGUGCAGGAUGUGACGGACGCCGUCGUGUGGCUGUGCGACAGCUGCAGUCUCGCCGCCGCGGGCCAAGAGGACCUGCCACAGGUGAUGACGCGGGGGCAGAACCUGCGCACGAGUGCGGCACAUCUGCAGACGGCUGCGGAGUUUAAGGUUGGCCGCCUGGGCCGGGGCCAGAGCCUCCUCACCGCCGUUAAGGGAAGCAUCAGCAAGGUCUACAGCGCAACGGCGGCUUUCACCAAACUGUGCCAAGAGCAACUGGCCAAGCAGACGAAGCAGCGUGCGUCUGCGCCUGCGGUGAGCAUCCCCGACCGUGGCAGCGCCGUUGCUCGCCAGCGCCAGAUCAUGGAGGAGCAAGCCGCCAUCAUGAGGCUGGAGAGCGAACUGGACCAGCGGCGCACGACGCUGCACGGGUUGCGGCGAUCGCAUUACAACUCCCAAACAUCCGCCAUUUGA